AUGGCCGCGAAAGGCGCUGCCGCCCAACAGGAACCGCAUGAUAUUAUUGUCGUAGGCGCCGGUGUUGUGGGAGCUGCAUUGUCUACAGCUCUCGCGCGCGCUGGUCGCCGCGUCCUUGUGCUUGAGCGCGAUCUCUCGGAGCCCGACCGCAUCGUCGGCGAGCUGCUGCAGCCGGGAGGCGUGCGUGCGCUGCAGCUGCUCGGCCUCGCUGAUGCGCUCGAAGGUAUUGAUGCCGUGCCGACUGAGGGGUACCACAUCUUCCUAAACCCGAGCGAGUCUAUCAAAAUUCAGUACCCCGCCGUGCACGAACUGCCCUCGACGUAUGGGCGCAGCGAGCCCCUUGGCCGCGACAUGCACUACGAGGGCCGCUCGUUUCACCACGGUAAAUUCAUUAUGGCCCUGCGUGAGCGCAUGCUGGCCGAGCCGAAUGUCACGGCCGUGCAGACGGUCGUGACAGACCUCGUCCACGACCGACGCGAUGCGCGCGUCGUGGGCGUCGACACGCCCCUGGGACCAUUCUACGCGCCAGUGACGGUGGCCGCCGACGGCAUCUUCUCAAAGUUUCGCAAGACCUACGGCGGCACGUACAAGCCCGAGGUGCGCUCGCACUUUGUGGGUCUGGAACUGCCGACGAGCUCCCUGGUCUCGCCGCGCCAUGGACAUGUCAUUCUCAACCAGCAGGCGGCCAAAGACGCGGCGCCAGGCAAGGUGGUAGGUCCAGCACUGGUGUACCAGAUCGGUCCUGACGAGGUCCGCCUGCUCGUCGACGUGCCGGGCAACCGACUGCCGUCGAGCAGCAACGGCGCACUGCAGGACUACUUGCGCAACCAGGUCGCGCCGUGCCUGCCGAAGCGCGUGGGCGAGGCGCUCGAUAAGGUCAUGGAGGAGGGCGGCCGCAUGCGCACGAUGCCGAACAGCUUCCUGCCGCCCAGCAUGCAAGGCACGCAGCCGCACCAGCGCGGCAUGAUCCUGGUCGGCGAUGCGAUGAACAUGCGUCACCCCCUCACAGGAGGUGGUAUGACGGUGGCCUUCUGGGACUGUGUGUUCCUCGCGCACAUCCUCGGUACAGGCACGUGGUCCCCCCUCGACGGCUACGAUGCGAGCUUUCCCAUCCCGCCCGCGGCACGCGACCUGACCAACUGGUCGGCGCUGCAGGUCGCGCUACGCACGUGGCACUGGAAGCGGAAGAAGCUGGCGAGCGUGAUCAACAUCUUGGCCAUGUCGCUGUACAGCCUCUUUGGUGUGCCAGACGACCACCUGACGCUCCUUCGUACGGGCUGUUUCCGCUACUUUGAGUGCGGUGGCGACCGUGUGCGCGGCCCCAUCAGCCUGCUGGCCGGUCUGGCACCUGACCCUCUCCUCUUGGUGUACCACUUUUUCGCGGUGGCCGUGUACAGCGUGCAGCUCAUGUUCUGCGGCGCCCUCUUUGUUCCGGCGGGCUCUCAGAAAAAGGCCGUGCGCCCGCCCGUGUACGCGUGGCCCAAGCUCACAGUCCAAGCGAUGGUCGUGCUGCUUUACGCGUGCUUCGUGAUUCUCCCCGUCAUUUUCACAGAGCUGCGCGCGAAUGCGGCGCCCCACUCGCUAACCCUGCGCAGCACAAGCCUUGUGCUGCUGUGUGUCGGCUCCCUUGGCGUCGCAGCGUCGCUGCGGGCCCUGGCCUAA